GUGUGUGUGUGUGUGUGUAAUAGUUACCCUAUUCAGGGACACACGUGUUAAUAAUCACAGAAUAUGUGACCAACUGCCUACUACAGCAGUUACUCUAACGUUUGUGUUUACCGUGUCUUCUGUUUCUUUUCAGACCCACUUUCCUAACGUGUGAACUUGGACUUCACCACUCGGCUGAAGAGAGCCCAGGACCCUACCGCACACCUCUUAUUAGUCGACUAGCCCAUUCCCAUUUGACGUCUGGAUACUACUGAGGAAUUAUUUGGAGCAAUCCACCUUAGAAGAAAGAAAAAUCCAAACUCUUUACUCGGAUGGCAUGGCUUUUGAGAAGACCUGAACCCCGGAUGGUUUUUUAAAGUGUGCUGGUGGAGUUGACUUUUGCGGGUUAUCUAAGUAACUUUCCAAGGAACUAAGUUUUGAAAAAGAAAAAGAAAAUGGAUCAGGCGAGCGGUGGGGAGGACCCAAAUAAACCAUCUAAAAAGAAGUCUAACGAGGAUGAUGGUAAAAACAAAAAGCUGAACAUACACAUAAAAACAUUGGCUGACGACAUGCGUGACCGCAUCACCAGUUUCAGGAAGACGGGGAUGAAGAAGGAGAAACCCCUGAUACAGCACCCCACGGACCCCCUCUCCACCCAGGUGGAGCUCCCGGUGCCCCAGCCCCUCUUCGAUGAGCGCUCCAUGAACCUCUCAGAGAAGGAGAUCAUUGACCUCUUUGAGAAGAUGAUGGAGGACAUGAACUUGAAUGAGGAACGCAAAGCCCCUCUGCGUGGGAAGGAUCUGAGCACCAAGCGCGAGAUGGUGGUCCAGUAUAUCUCAGCCACUGCCAAAUCAAUAACUGGGAGCAAAGUUUCGGGUGGGCUGAGGAACAGCAAGCACGAGUGUACCCUCUCAUCCCAGGAGUAUGUCCAUGAGCUGCGCUCAGGCAUCACGGAGGACAAGCUGCUUAAUUGCCUGGAGUCCCUGCGAGUGUCUCUCACUAGUAACCCUGUCAGCUGGGUGAAUAACUUUGGUCAUGAGGGUCUUAGCCUGCUUUUGGAUGCACUGGAGAGGCUGCUGGACAAGAAACAACAAGAUAAUAUUGAUAAAAGGAACCAACACAAGCUAAUCCAGUGCUUGAAAGCCUUCAUGAACAAUAAGUAUGGACUGCAAAGGAUUCUGGGAGACGAGCGGAGCCUUUUGCUGCUUGCACGUGCGAUUGACCCGAAACAGACCAACAUGAUGACAGAGAUCGUCAAAAUCCUCUCAGCAGUUUGCAUCAUAGGAGAGGAAAACAUCCUGGAUAAGAUUUUAGCUGCCAUGACAAUCGCUGCAGAGAGGAACAACAAAGAGAGAUUCGCUCCUAUUGUAGAGGGACUGGAGAACCACGAGGCCCAGCAGCUCCAGGUGGCUUGUAUGCAGCUUAUCAAUGCUCUGGUUACCUCCCCGGAUGACCUGGAUUUCAGGAUACAUCUGCGCAACGAGUUCCUGAGAUGUGGCCUCAAGAAAAUUCUGCCAGAACUGAAAGAGACGGAGGAGCUAGACAUCCAACUGAAGGUGUUCAAUGAGAAUAAGGAGGAGGACUUCAUUGAACUCUCCCAUCGCCUUGAUGACAUCCGUGCAGAGAUGGAUGACAUGAGUGAGGUAUACCACCUCCUGUCCAACAUGGUGAAGGACACUGGAUCAGAAGCGUACUUCUUGUCGAUCCUUCAGCACCUCUUGCUCAUCAGGAAUGACUAUUACAUCAGGCCUCAGUACUACAAGGUGAUCGAAGAAUGCGUGGCUCAGGUUGUCUUACAUCGCAGUGGGAUGGACCCUGACUUUGGCUACAGUAAAAGACUGGAUGUGGACUUCACCCAUCUCAUUGAUCAGUGUGUGGAUAAAGCCAAAGUGGAAGAGAGUGAGCAGAAAGCUGCAGAGUUCUCUAAAAAGUUUGAUGAGGAAUUCAGUGCCCGGCAGGAGGCCCAGGCUGAAUCUCAAAAGAAGGAGGAGAGAAUUAAAGAGCUGGAAGGGCAGAUGCAGACCCUGCAGUCCCAGAUUGCAGCUGGUCCAGCUUCAGCCGGUCCUCCGCCUCCUCCGCCCCUGCCAGCGGGCGCCCCACCUCCACCCCCACCUCCACCACCACCUCCACCGGGCGGGUUUAGGGGUGGCCCCCCGCCCCCUCCCCCUCUCCCAGGCCAUGCUUGCUUACCCCCACCCCCGCCACCCCCACCCCCAGGUGGAGGGCCCCCACCUCCACCACCUCCACCUGGAUGUGGACCGCCACCACCCCCGCCUUUCUUCGGGGGUGUGGGCAUGCCUCCUCCACCUCCUGCCAUGCCAGUGAUCAAGCUGCCUUAUGGACUGGAGCCCAAAAAAGCCUACAAGCCUGAGAUUGUCAUGAAGAGGGUCAACUGGUCCAAGAUAGUGCCUCAAGAAAUGUCAGAGAAUUGCUUCUGGAUCAAAGUCAAAGAGGAGAAGUUUGAAAAUCCUGACCUCUUUGCUCAGCUCUCCCUCUGCUUCUCCUCGCGGACCAAAGUGAAAAAGGAUGUGGAUGAAACAGAUGACCGGAUGACGCAAUUCAAGAAGAAGGCAAAGGAGCUUCGAAUCCUGGAUGGCAAGACUGCGCAGAAUCUAUCAAUUUUCCUGGGCUCGUUCCGCCUGCCUUAUGAAGAGAUCCGGGACAUCGUGCUGGAGGUUGACGAGGAAAGACUGAGCGAAUCACUCAUCCAGAACUUGAUAAAGAACCUGCCAGAACAGAAGGAGCUGAGUGCAUUGGCGGAACUAAAGGGUGAAUAUGAAGAGCUGGUUGAGUCGGAGCAAUUUGGCAUUGUGAUGAGCUCAGUGAAGCUCCUACGUCCACGUCUCAAUGGCAUCCUGUUCAAACUUACCUUCGAGGAGCAGGUGAAUAACAUCCGGCCAGACAUCAUGAAUGUAACAUUUGCCUGCGAGGAGGUGAAGAAAAGUGAAGGUUUUAGCAAGCUGCUUGAGCUGGUCUUACUUGUUGGUAACUACAUGAACGCUGGCUCCAGGAAUGCCCAAACCUUUGGCUUCAGCGUCAACUUCCUCUGCAAGCUCCGAGACACAAAAUCCAUCGAACAUAACAUGACACUUCUUCAUUUCCUGGCUGACAAGUGCGAGGAGAAAUACCCAGAGAUUCUGAGGUUCCCUGACGAACUGGAGCACAUAGACAGCGCAAGUAAAGUGUCUGCUGAAAUCUUAAAGGGCAGUUUGAGCACCAUGGAACGUCACAUCCAGAGACUUGAAAAUGACAUCCAGAACUUCCCCAAGACAGACGACCAACAAGAUAAGUUUGUGGAAAAGAUGUCUGGUUUCUGCAAGCAUUCACGAGAGCAGUAUGAAAAGCUGUCCACCAUGCACAAGAACAUGCAGAAGCUCUAUGAGAACCUUGGCAACUACUACGCCUUUGACCCUCAUUCAGUCAGCGUGGAGGACUUCUUCGGAGACCUGGCCAACUUCCGUGCUCUCUUUAUGGAAGCAGUGAAGGAGAACCACAAGAAGAGGGAGAUGGAGGAGAAGAUCAAGAGAGCCAAGCUGGCGAAGGAGAAAGCAGAGCGCGAAAAGCAGGAGCGCCAGCAGAAGAAGAAGCAACUGAUUGACAUGAACAAAGAGGGUGAUGAAACUGGUGUGAUGGACAGCUUGAUGGAGGCUCUGCAGUCUGGAGCAGCCUUCCGUGAUCGACGAAAACGGACCCCACGCAAUGACAACCGCCGCGCGGUCCUGGAAAGGUCUCGAUCCCGCCACAACGCAAAUCCACAGGCUCGGUGAUCUCCCGCGCCUACCAGAAGACUCUAGACAAGUGCCAAAGAGGCCUGCGAGGAGGAGACCCAGAAGACUUCUAAAGGAGGGACAGACCACCGUUCGGUGUGGCUGACACACACACACACACACACACACACAUGCACAAAUACACAACUAUGUAUACAUGCAUGCACACAUACAUGUACUCUGCUCACACACACACAUGCAAACAGAGACACAGCCAGGUUUUUGCAACGAAAAUGUUUUAAAAAGCCACACAGAACUGCAGGAAUGAAGGUACAACAAUACAUCAGACACAGCACAUUCAAUAGUCAUGCUGUGCGUCUGACGUCUUACAUAUUUUUCCACUGCAUUCUCACCGCUUAAUGUGUAAAUGAGCUGUCUGAGGCUGAGGUUGAUUUAUAGGAGAAAACCAUGGGGUUUUGAUGUUAUUCUAUGGUUUUUGUUGUUUAAAUUAAAAGGCUUUCAUCGCUGAAGAAAAACGCUAUUGGUCAUAAUACUACAGUUCAUGAAAAACCAGACACUGUGCUGAGAGGAACUGUAGCAUAUUAUAUACACACCAACCAGAGGACCUUUACUGACCACACAAAGUGUAUAGGCUCUAAAAAUGAGGUGGCAUGAUCCCUUAACUGGAAGAGUUGCAUUCAGUCCCCAUGGUGGUAGAAAUACAUCCUGCUGAGGUUUCCUUGAGCAAGUCACUAAAACCCCACCAGCGUCACUGACACUCUUCUGUAGUUGUCCCUAUACGCAUCAAGCUUUCUGGAGAUUGUCAAACAAAACAUCAGGAAAAUAAAACAUUUUUUGGUUAUUGUUAUUAUUAUAAUUACAUCACUUUUUUUCUUUAGCUCAGCAUCCAGACAAUUCCUGUCACCACACAUUUUAUGUAUGAACUAUAACAUGAGUCCAGAUGAAUCUUCUCAUCACAUUACACAUCCUUGCAAAGCCACAAGAGCUGCAUCCUGUCUGUUCAAAUACUCAAGAGCAGAUUCCUCUGGGAUCGUAAUCAUACGCGACUGAAAUGUCUUUCUGGAUGAGAUGCAUUUAAUUUAUUGUUCUAUUUUACAAAUGCCGUGUGGUGCUGAGAGCUGU